AUGGCGGACCUCAAUCUUCAAGAGAUUCACGACACGCUCGUUUCUGUCGCCUUCGAGGCCGGCAGGAUGAUCAUGUCCGCGAACCCUUCCGAAGGCGACCAAGGCACCAAACUGAACUCCGUCGACCUCGUCACCGAAACAGACAAAGCCGUUGAGAAGAUGGUCUCCACCCGUCUCCGCGAAUCCUACCCCUCCAUAUCCUUCAUGGGCGAAGAAACCUACACCCCAGGCGCCCGCGUGGGGCCCGAGCCGACCUUCGUCGUCGACCCCAUCGACGGCACCACCAAUUUCGUCCACGCCUUCCCCUCCGCCUGCAUCUCCCUCGGCUUGGCCGUCGACAAGCGCCCCGCCGUCGGCGUCAUCUACAACCCGUUCCAAGACCUCCUCUUCACCGCCAUCGGGGGCCAGGGGGCGUACAUGCACCGCGGCGCCGCCGCCGGCCACGGCGCCCCGCAGCGUCUCCCGUUGGCGAAGAACCCGACCCCGCUGGCCGGGCUCGGUUCCGCCCUCGUCGGCGUCGAGUGGGGCUCUGACCGCCACGGCCCCAACUUCGAGGCCAAGGCCGCCACGUUCCGCAAAUUGGCCGCGAGCCCCAGCGCCGAGGGCGGCGGCGGCGCCAUGGCUCACUCGCUGCGCAGCAUGGGCAGCGCGGCGCUGAACCUCGCCGCCGUGGCCGCGGGGCAGUUGGACAUGUACUGGGAGGGCGGUUGCUGGGCUUGGGACGUGUGCGCUGGGUGGUGCGUUCUCGCCGAGGCGGGCGGCAUCGUCGUUGGUGGGAAUCCCGGCGUUUGGGAACCCGAGCUCGAUGGGCGUGUUUACCUUGCCGUCCGUGGGGCGCCUAGCGGCCAGAAGGAGAUUGUGGAGGAGUUUUGGGCUGUUAUGGGGGAUCACCGCCUGGAAUAUUCGGUGUAG